CUAUGAUUUCGAAUUUAAAGUAUAACAGCUGGUGUAUAAAAGCUUUUGCCGCGAAGCUUUUCGCUUAGCACUUAUUGUCGAAAGUUUUUUCAAGAUCAGCUGUUGUCUAUGCGGCGCAUGUGGUUUCUUUCGGGGUGAAUGGCAAACAGAACAGCUGAUCGCAGCGUGGCAGAGCGUAAAAGUGAAAAACUCUCUUAGUUUUAUCGGAAUCGCAGCCGUUUUCCCCGUUUUCUGCACACGAAAGUGAUGUUGUUUCGCUGCGGGCAAUGUUUAUAAACUGAAAAAGAGUGGAAAAAAGCGUUGAUUUGCAUAAACCUUCAAUAAAUAAACCGGCUGAAAAUAAGUAAACAAAAGGCGUCUACUUGGUUACCAUUGAGAACCGAUCUUCGUUUACCCUGCAAACCUGAAAAGUUGCAUGAUUGAUGGGUUUUGCCAAAAGUGCAAAAACUCUGGCUGUUUGUUAUUUAAGAAACAGAUUCCGCAGCUCCAAUUUAAUUUCCAGAGAAAUAACUCCAACUUACGGUUCAUUCUUGUCCAGAUUUUAUAAUAAUUCCCUUGUCAAUAUGGAAAAAGUGUACUUCAGAAAUGAAAGUGAUAGCAAAGAUCUGGAUAUAGUGUUUCGAUUUGAAAACACUACUUUAAACAUAAGCCGGGAAUUUAAUUUCCGUCGUCAAAUGGAUGAACCCAUCGAAGCUAUAUUGUCCCGGAUUCAGAGCAAUAUCCAAAACAGACUUGCGAAGUCAAAGAAAAAGAAAUCUGACAAAUCAACUGUUGAGAUAAAUGUUAAGCUUUAUGGCGACAAUUUCGAAGGAAACUUUAAUGGAAUGACAUUCGCUGAACUCUUUGCCAAAAAUAUUUCUGGUCUCAAGCUGCAGGUGAUGGAUAACAUCUACGAAAUGGUGUACAAUCCACCGUGGGUUUCAUCCCUUAAACUUCCCUCGUGCAUUUUGGCAGGAUUCGUGGUUUACCCGACCAACGUUAAAGUUCAAUUCGGAGAACAAAAGCACAGCAAAGGAGUUUGGUACAAGGCGAAAAAACCCACCGACACCGAAUGGGAACUUUGCGGAGAAGGCUUUCAAUAUUUCGUCACGCCGAAGGAUAUUGGAUACCAUUUGAAAUUGAUUGUAACCCCAAGAAACGAACACGGAUUGGAUGGUCCUGUGGUGGAAAAGGUAUCCCUUACUCCUGUGCAGGAUUCACCGGGAGUUUGCCCUUUUCAAAUUCGUCAAAAAUAUACUCCAAGUUAUUUGACAAACCCCAAUGAAAUGCGAGUGAUAUCCUACAAUCUAUUGGCGGAUUUAUAUGCCAGUAGUGACUACGCCGGGUCAACAUUAUUCUCAUACUGCCCAGCCAAAUAUCUUCAAAUCGACUACAGAAAGCCACUCUUUAUAAACGAGAUAAUAGGCUAUAACUCAGAUAUUAUCUGCCUGCAAGAAGUGGAUCAACGUAUUUUUGAUUUUGAUUUGAAGGAAAUUCUAGAGCAACCUCCUUAUAAUUUUCACGGCAUUUUAGCUCCGAAAGGAAAAUGUGCAGAGGGAGUUGCGAUUUUCUUUCGAACUUCUCGCUUUGAAUUACUGGAUUCCCAAGUUCUGCAUUUAGGAUCUAGUAUCCCUGAACUUCCUGUUUUUGAGAGCCUCUGGAAUAAGAUCAAAGUGAAUACUCAGUUAGCACAACGAAUUUGUGAUCGUUCCACAACUCUGCAAACAUGUUUGUUAAAAAUCAAGGGAACCGACAAUUACGUUCUUGUGGCCAACACGCAUUUAUAUUUCCACCCGGAUGCAGAUCACAUUCGACUCUUGCAAAUGGGUUUUUCUAUACUCUUUGUUGAGGAAUUAAUAAGUAAAGCUGUAAAGGACUUCAAUAUCAGCAGCCCCCAAAAUAUUGGACUGGUGUUUUGCGGCGAUUUUAACAGCGUUCCCGAAUGUGGAAUCUACAAGUUGAUGACCGAGCAAUUGGCGGAAAAGAAUCUGGAAGACUGGCGCAGCAAUUCCGAAGAAGCCGUUUCCAAUGUGGAGCUCACUCAGCCCUUUAAAAUGGGAUCAGCAUAUGGUGCACCGGAGUUCACACAUUACACCACUCUGUUUUCGGGAUGUUUGGACUACAUUUUCUACCAAAACGAUCGAUUCGAGCUAUUGAAGACUGUUCCCCUGCCAACAGAGGAGCAGUUGAAGGAAAAUACUGCCAUUCCAUCUGCAGUUUUUCCAUCAGAUCACGUGGCUCUUGUGGCUGAUCUUAAAUUUAAGUCCGUUGCCUCCUGAAUAAGUUAUUGAAAUGCAAUUGAUUCUUGAAUCAUUACUAAGGCUUAAAUUAAAUAAUUGUAGUUCGAAGAAAGCUUUAUAAUUUUUUGUUUUGAGUAUAUAUAUCAAUAAAUUUGUUGCAUUUAUUCUUGGAGGAUGUUUUUAAAACUUGUAUCCCCUUCUUAAAUGCAUGCUUUUGCCAUCUAUGGCGUGUAAAAGAUAUUUGUUCAAUUUAAGCAAAAGAAAAAACUGAGAAUGUGUAGGAAAAACAAACCGAAUAAAAAACCAAGUGAAGUGACAACAAAUUGAGUAAAUCCCUGAGUGGCUUAGCUCGCUUGCAAGCUGCUGCCUUUCCUGGCUUCUGCUCCUGUUUUCCGGCUGAUUGCAGGACGCAGAGCAAUUAACGUGAAAAUUCGCCAAGGAAAAACCUUGCGACGCGGAGGCGGCAACAACAACAACAGCAGGAGAAAGCUUAAAAGAAAUCCGAGAGCGGAGAGAGCGGACAAAAAUAUCCCAAGCCAACUGAAGUGAUUUUCGCACUAAUUAACUGCACUUAGUUGACACAUACCAAUCUAUUCACACCACACCCACACACCCAUACACACACACACCACUCCCUCCACAACGUUGUCGUUUGCCAUAAUCAGAGCCAGUGCAGCAUUUUAAUUGGUUUCCACACAGUGCUGCCAAU